ACGGGGUGUCCUGGAGAGGUAACACAACACAUAACACACAACAGGGACAGAGGCAGAAGGUGGCGGCCAUCCUCCUCGACCAGGCUAAGAUGAUGUGCUUAUAGGAAACGACGAGGAGUCUGGAAGACAGGGUAAGAACAGAAGAAUAAUGCAGACAGACGUGGCAAGAAAAAGGAGAAACCAUCUUUUCCAGAGAGAACCCGACACGCACGUGACGUCAUACAAACGCUUCAGGACGUGGCUCAGUCACAAGCACAGUCGCGAGAGUCCCGCUGUGAGUACGCCCUUGUCCACUGGGCGGCGCUGUGGGCCCAACUUUGAGUUGGACGAUGUCGUUCAGAGGCUGGAACUGGAUUCGCCCUCUCGAUUUCAUGCUGCAGCACAGAGGGUAGUCUACCAAGAGUCAACACUGAUUCUGGGCAACUCCAGCAGACCACCAAAGGCACAAUGCAUCCCAAAUUCUGGAAGAUACUCAGUCAUGUUCAAUGUGCCAGAACAGGAAUGGAUUUGGAUUGAACAUAAAGGUGGAGACGCACAAUCGACAGACUCAAAAGAAAUCCAAAGUGAUCCAAGGCCGUUUUCUGUUCUGAGCACAUCUGUAGCAAGUCCGCUUGGAAAUUCAACACUCAAGUUGGCUGCACCAUCACUCGUAAAUGACUACUACACACAUCUUCUAGACUACAGCUGUAAUGGCAUCCUCGCAUUAGCUCUGGACUCUUCUGUUUACAUUUGGAAUUCAGAAACCCGCUCUCUGCUGGGUCGGCUGGACCCGAGUCCAGAAACGGGUCGAAAGCGGCGCCAGACAGUCUCUUGCGUACGCUGGAGCGGAGACGGACACGUUCUGAGUAUCGGAACCAGGCGUGGGGAGGUGCAGUUGUGGGACGUUGAACGGAGGCAGAAUGUGAAGACUCUGCCUUCACACUUGUCCGUGGUUCGAGCUCUUUCCUGGAAACAGCAACUUCUUAGCAGUGGCUCCACCCUGGGACACAUUCAUCACAAUGACCCACGGGCUCCAUCUCCUUUAGUGGGCACGGUGAUCCAACAGGAGGGUUUGUGCAGCCUUCAGUGGUCCCCCGGUGGUGAGUGGCUGGCCAGCGGCUCCGCAGACGGCCUCCUCCACAUCUGGGACCGUGAUGUCACAGGGUCACAUCGGCCAGUCGCCACAAUGAAGCAGCCUAGCGCUGUCAAGGCGAUGGGGUGGUGUCCCUGGAAGGGCAAUGUGAUAGCCACAGGUGGAGGAUGGAAGGACGGGCAACUUCGAAUUUGGGACAUCGAGUCGGCGACUUGCGUCGGUUCCGCAGACACCAACUCACAGAUCUGCUCUCUGGGCUGGGCAGAGGUCACCAGGCGCCUGGUCACCGGACACGGCCACCCCCAUCAUAAUGCCAUCUGCUGGGACUUGGAGUUCCCUUCGCUCAGGCCUGCUUUCCACCUCACAGGUCAUUCACGUCGUAUUCUGCACGUGGCCUUAAACAACGAUGCUGGCCAGCUCUUCACUGCAGGAGCGGAUCAGUGCCUUCACAUGUGGGACAUGUCAUUUCCUCAGUCUCUACUUUCUUAAAAAGGCAUGCUUAAACCAUUGCAGUGAUCGUGUCACUCUUUCUAAUCAUAGCUUACAAAUGCACACUUCCCGUCCCAGCUGUCCAA